AUGGUUUCCACUAGUUUUGUAUCACUCCUUUCUAUACAGGCACUUCAUGUGUUACUGAUCAUCAUCAUGAUCACUGCCCAAGCACUUGAUCUGCCUCCCAAUGGUAAGAGCAACUUCUGUUACAACGACAGAGGCAACUACACUACCAAUGGUAGUGUCUACCAGACAAACCUCAACAGCAUGCUCAACUACCUCAUCUCCAACAGAAACGGCACCGGGUUUUACAGUUCCUCCAGACUCUCAGGCCCAAACCCCGAAGAUGAAGAAGUUUACGCCACCGGAGUUUGUAGAGGAGACGCUAAGGUGGAUGCUUGCGGCAAAUGCCUUAGCGACUCUACAUAUCAACUCACCAAGUCUUGCCCUAACCAGAAGGAGGCACUUGGAUGCUUCGACAACUGCACUUUACGCUACUCGAAUCGCUCCUUGUACGGCGUCAUGGAAUCCAAGCCUGCUUUGAUCUCCUAUAACCUACAAAACGUGUCAUCGUCGUUAGAUGCAGUUGAGGACUUCAAUCAACGGUUCACUACGCUGUUGGACGGUUUGACGACUGAAGCCGCGGCUCGGGGUGAUGAGCUCAAGUUUGCAUUUGGAAAUGUAAAUGCUUCAAAGAUUAAUAAAACGAUAUAUGCAAUGGCGCAGUGCACACCGGAUUUGACGGAGAAAGACUGCAAGAGUUGCUUGGAUGAUGCUGUUGGACAACUGAAAAUAUUUUAUGGGAGUAUUGGAGGGAGAGUUUGUACACCCAGUUGUAACUUUAGGUUCGAGGUUUACCCUUUCCUAGAACCGCAGGAAGCCCAGGCGGUCGCGGUUCCUUUACCUCCUUUACCAUCCUCCAAUACCACAGUUUCAUUGGGAUUAGGAAAGAAGCGAACUAAUUUAUUUCGGACUAUCAUCGUUAUUGUUGUGUCAAUUGCUGCCUUUCUAGCACUGAUUAUAUCCAUCUGCAUUUUCCUGAGAGUGGGGAAGACAAAGAAAAAACUUGAGUCUUUUCUUAAAGGUUCCUCAGAUGAAAUUGGAAGUGCAGAAGCCUUGCAAUUCGACUUUGGCUCCAUUAAGGUUGCCACAAAUAACUUCUCAGAAGAAAAUAAACUUGGACGAGGUGGAUUUGGUGUUGUCUACAAGGGUAGACUUUUCAGUAAAGAAGAUAUAGCAGUGAAAAGACUUUCUAGUGAUUCUAAACAAGGAGAUGAAGAAUUCAAGAAUGAGGUAUUGUUAGUGGCUAGGCUUCAGCAUCGCAAUUUGGUUAAGCUCCUAGGUUUCAGUCUGGAAGGAAAUGAAAGGCUUCUUGUCUAUGAGUUUCUCCCUAACGCAAGCCUCGAUCAAUUUAUAUUUGAUCCAACCAAGCGCUCACAUUUUGAUUGGGAUAGUCGGUACAGAAUCAUAGUAGGAAUUGCCAGAGGACUCCUUUACCUCCACGAAGAUUCUCGUCUUAGGAUUAUUCAUCGUGAUCUCAAAGCUAGCAACAUUUUGCUAGAUGCAGAAAUGAACCCGAAGAUUGCUGAUUUUGGCAUGGCAAAGUUGUUUAAGCUUGAUCAAAGACAAGGCGAAACCCAUCGAAUCGUAGGAACAUACGGAUAUAUGGCUCCAGAGUAUGCAAUGCGAGGGAAAUUUUCUGUUAAAUCUGAUGUCUAUAGCUUUGGAGUGUUACUUUUGGAGAUAAUAAGUGGACAGAAGAUCAAUUCUUCCCAUCAUGAUGAUAAGAAUGACGAGGAUCUUGUAAGCUUUGCGUGGAGAAAUUGGAGGGAAGGCACAGCUUCAAAUUUAAUAGAUUCUACCUUGAUGCCUGCAGUUUCAAACACUGACAUAAUGAGAUGCAUCCACAUUGGAUUGCUAUGUUUGCAAGAAAGUAUGGCUGAUAGGCCAACCGUGACUUCAGUUAUUCAAAUGCUUACAUGCGAGUCUCCUGGUCUCCCAAAACCAUCACAACCAACCCUUUUUGUGAUUAAUGGAUCUGAUAUGGCAGGGCUCAUGGGAUCAAAUGAUUCCAAGAGAUUCCUAUCAUCAGAAAUCAAGAAAUGAGGCUUCAUUUCCCAAACUAUUUCCUCGCUAGUUUUGUUCUCCGUUAUUGUUAUAGGCUAGUCUUUUGGAUCAUUUGUCUGUUGUUGAUCCAACUGUACUUAACCCCG